ACCGGACGCUUCUUCAGGAACAACAACGCGGCUACUCUUUCAACCGCCUCGGUAGCUUGCUAGCCAACAUAAAACUGAAAGAUUGACGCUUUCGACCAUGUUAAUGUACAUUAGCUAAUCUCGGUGUUGUUAACGCAGUUCAGUUGACGUAUCAACUAGUUAACUUUAACCUAAUUUGCUUGUUCAAUUUGCAAAGUUGUUAAACAUUGAUACUGAGCCUAGCGUUAGGCUAGUCGCUAAUUCUAACAUCCCAGACCAUGAGCUCACUAAACUACUCCUCCCCCGUUAAAGAAGAGGUCUGCUGUAUGCAGAAAGAAGCUCUGAGGCUGAACAUUGUCGUGAAACAAGAAGAGGAUGUUAUAGAGGAAACGGAGGAAGAACCUUUCAGAGAGGAAGAGGAUGCUAUCUCAGUAGAGGUGAAGGAGGAAGACGUCUUGGGAGUGAAAGAGGAGGAGACAGAAUAUCAGAUUAACACCAGAGAGAGACAUGACUAUUGUGGAUCCUCUGGGGAGCAUCAACAACAUCCUGAUGCUGACGAGGCAGAGAAGAGUCUCUCCAGAUCAGAACACCAGAUGGACAACGCUAGCCCUUCCUCCCUCCCGGAGUCCCCGUGUCGUGCCUCUCCCAGUAGCGCCUUACUGCUGGGUAUGAAGAGGUUGUCUGUGCUGCUGGUGGACUGCAGGAAAACAACGGGGCUGAGUGUAACUGUGAGAGGAGGAGAAGAGAAGAAAGGAUCAGAUUUGACACAUCAAAGAGAAAGACCAGACUCAGAGGAACCAGAGCCAGGGACGUCCAAACCAGCAAGACGACACCAGUGCUCCCACUGUAGAAAGGGUUGUAACCGGUUAUGGGACCUGAAACAACAUGAGAGAAUCCACACAGGAGAGAAGCCUUACCACUGCUCCCAGUGUGGAAGGAGUUUUAGCCAUAAAGGAAACCUGAACCAACACGAGAGAAUACACACAGGGGAGAAGCUUUACCACUGCUACCAGUGUGGAAAGAGUUUUAUCCAUUUAGGGUACCUGAAACAACAUGAGAGAAUACACACAGGGGAGAAGCCUUACCACUGUACCCAGUGUGGAAAGAGUUUUAAAGAUUUAGGGAACCUGAAAAGACAUGAGAGAAUACACACAUGAGAGAAGCCUUACCACUGCUCCCAGUGUGGAAAGAGUUUUAACGAUUUAGGGAACCUGAAACAACAUGAGAGAAUACACACAGGGGAGAAGCCUUACCACUGCUCCCAGUGUGGAAAGCGUUUUAAAGAUUUAGGGAACCUGAAACGACAUGAGAGAAUACACACAGGGGAGAAGCCUUACCACUGCUCCCAGUGUGGAAAGCGGUUUAACCAGAAAGGACACCUGAAUGAACAUGAGAAUACACACAGGGGAGAAGCCUUAUCACUGCUCCCAGUGUGGAAAGAGUUUUACCCAGUUAUGGAACUUGAAAAGUCAUGAGAGAAUACACACACAGGGGAGAAGCCUUACCUCUGCUCCCAGUGUGGAAAUAGUUUUAACCACAAAAGCAACCUGAACCAACACAAGAAAAUACACAGAGGGGAGAAGCCUUACCACUCCUCCCAGGAUGCAAAGCUUUUGCCCAUUUUAGGAAGCCUGAAAGAACACAUGAGACUGCACAUGUGGAGAAGGCUUACAAAAGCCCAGGCUGUGGGAAAACAUAUUACUCAUAACAGUCACUUAAACGUCAUUAGAGAAUCCACACAGGAGAGAGAAAUUACUUCUCUUAGCGUGUAUAUGGAUAUUUCACAUCUGACUGAUAAUGUGUUUAUCUGUUUUUACCAUAUGAAAUUGCUUCUUCCAAUUAUUGAUGUACCUGUUAAAAAACUGACUGUUAGAACUGUUAAGGCUCCAUGGAUUGAUGAGGAAUUGAACAUCUGUAUGGUUGAAGGAGAUGGGUGCACAUCUGGCUGGCUUAUAUACUGCAAAUUGAGGAAUGAUGUGACCAAACUCAACAAAAAUAAUAAACUUUAUUAUGAAUCCUAGGUCAAUGAUAUAAAGAAUGAUGGAAAAAAACUUGUACAAACAACUUUAAUAAAAACAUAAUGAAAGAAAAGCAGUGCAAGUAUUGAAUGUUGUAAAGUUAUUGUGGGAGAGGUGGAAAAAUUGUUAUCGAUCAAUAAUGACAAAUCUCCUGGCAUUGACAACUUAGAUGGAAAGCUACUGAGGACAGUAGCUGACUCUAUAGCCACUCCUAUCUGUCAUAUGUUUAAUCUGAGCCUAGAGGAAAGUCUUUGUCCUCAGGCCUGGAGGGAAGCCAAAGUAAUUCCACUACCCAAGAGUGGUAAAGCGGCCUUUACUGGUUCUAACAGCAGACCUAUAAGCUUGCUGCCAGCUCUUAGCAAACUUUUGGGAAAAAUUGUGUUUGACCAAAUACAAUGCUAUUUCUCUGUAAACAAAUGAACAACAGACUUUCAGCAUGCUUAUAGAGAACAUGUACUCAACAUGUACUGACUGAAACAAAUGACUGAUGAUUGGUUAAGAGAAAUUGAUAAGAUUGCGGGAGCUUUAUUGUUA